AUGACACGGACUGGACACCGGGGUGAUUUGCUCAAAAGAAUAGAGACUCUCGAGGGGAAACUUCAGGCGGUUACAGAUACCUCAUUGUCUUUGAUUGACAAUACACCCUUGUGCAAUCAGGAAGAUCGAGAAUCUUGUGACCAGCGGACCGCCGUAGACGAGGGCGAACCCGUGGACGUACUAUCAACGAACGCCUUGACAGAAACAUCAGAUAGUGAAGUUGGUUAUUUCGGACCUACCUCUAACUAUGCGAUGUUUCGUCUGGUAUCAAGAAUUUUUGCCCAAACGACAAUGAUGUACCUACCAGCAGACGGGGCGGCACAGAACCUAGAUUCAUGCUACCACUGUGUCCAGCAUCACAGUGAGGUUUCGACUAUGGCAGCAGGUAUUUCAGAGGUGAGAGCGACACCGUUGCCCAAUGAGCUGUAUACGCUGCCUUCGAAGGAGGAAGCCGUGCUUCUUCUCCACCGGUUCUUCUCCACCAUCAAUAUGGUACUCCCAUAUAUCAGCAAGCCGGAUUUGAUCGAGGAAUACCACAAGGCAACAGAGCAGCGUCCCCCAAAAUUUCGCAGAGUGCUGCUUGCACUACUAAACAUUGUCUGGGCCCAUGCAUCCGCAUCGUUGGGUAAUGCACGGCAAGAGGGUUUCUAUCGGAAGUCGGUUGCGCUACUGGACUCGAGAACCCUAGAGCGUCCGAGCUAUGAAUUGGUCCAGGCACUGCUCCUUGUGGUCGAGUACAAGCAGAAUCACCAGCGCUCAAUAUCCAGCUAUACAACUCAUGCGCUAUGUGUGAAGGCUGCUUUCCACGUCGGGCUCCAUUCUAGGAAUCCCAUAGGCUCGGGUAGACCAGGCGAGAGUUAUCUUCGCUUGCGUCUCUGGGAUGGUGUAGUCAAGAACGAUAGGGAAGUAUUCGGCUCUUGUGGGGCUAUCCAGCUAGCUAAUAAUGGGCGCAGGGUUAUGAGUUUGACCCAAGGCCGACCGUUCAUGAUUCCGCAAGCUAUUGGUGCGGUAAACAACGAAGUGCCGCGCGAAGCAAAUCCUACCACCAGCGAUCUUUACAUGACCCAUCUCGCGUCGUCUCAUUCUGUUAUCGAACAGGCCAUAGACUCGCUGUAUAGCGGUAACUUAGAGUCGGUGGAGGCCCCAAAGAUCCAGGCUCUGAUCUCUCAGUGGAUGGAUCUGAGCUGGCGUAUCGAAGAGUGGUCGGAUAAUUUGACCUCAGUCGGGGGGCUUGUAUCAGGGUCGGAAUUAUCGCUAUGUCCAGGAACGACAGAUGGUCGCAUGGCUGCACGAGUGCUCUUGACAAUUCAAUAUUACCGGAUGCGUAUGCUCGCUAAUUUCCCUCUCAUUUCACAGUUCCUCCUUUCGGGUAGGGAAGCUUCCCAUGAAUCCCAGGCGCAUGACCGUCUGAGACAGAGGUUGCCCUUGGUUGUCCAGGAUGACUGGCAUGCGGUGCGCGAGCUGGGCAGGAUGAUAUCUGUGCUGAGCAACACCCGCGCGACGUUCACCAGCACUUUUGCUGCUUGGUACACGUGCAACUAUACGAUGCUCACUGUUGCGCUACAUUACUUUGCAAUUCUUCUUGUCACAAAACACGAACCAGGUGUUCUUGAUGUCAGCUCAGUCAUCGCAGUUCGCCAGGAGAUAGACGAGGCGCUCAAUGUUAUGGAGACGCUUGGAAAAUCCAGCCUAAUCACACAGAAGGCCGGAUGUUGCAUUGAGCGACUUUUGGCUGUGUUCGAUACACUUGGAGACGAACUCAGAAUAGCACCGUCGGUUUCCCUCGAUUUUUGGGAUGCCGAUUAUAUCCUACAGAACAUCGGGCGCCCCUCGAACGACUUCCUUACCACAUUCAGCCGAGACGAAUUUGACCAGCAGGAUCCAUCAUUUCUCGAAUUAUACUCUAGCAUCCCGCUAUGCGAGUAG